AUGGAGGUCAACAUUCUCUUUCACCUCACGAAUUUGCUACGUCCCGAUGGACGUUUGAGUUACAAGGAACUGACCGCGUUAUCUCCCAUCGGGGAUGACGCAGUGUCCUACCACAAUUACGCUGCCACGUUACAGGAAGCAGUGCAACACAAGAUCGAGGACCGAGGUCGCACCCCCUUACUUUCUGUCCUCGAGCAGGUUUAUCGCUUUGGUUUGGGUUCCGUGGCUGGUGCGGUUGGAGCGACAGUUGUCUAUCCAAUCGAUCUGGUCAAAACUCGCAUGCAGAAUCAACGGACUGGGUCAGUGAUCGGCGAACUAAUGUAUAAGAAUAGCUGGGACUGCUUCAAGAAAGUUAUUAGGUUCGAAGGAUUCAUCGGUCUGUAUCGCGGCUUAGGACCACAGCUGAUCGGUGUCGCGCCGGAGAAGGCCAUUAAACUGACUGUAAAUGAUUUGGUUCGGGAUCAAUUCACGUCGUCGAGUGGUGAGAUACAUCUUUUGGCCGAGAUUUUAGCCGGUGGAUGCGCUGGCGCAAGCCAGGUUGUCUUCACCAACCCUUUGGAGAUUGUUAAAAUCCGGUUACAAGUGUCGGGUGAGAUCGCAAGUACAAAACGAACCUCGGCCAUAAGCGUCAUUCGAGAUUUAGGUAUCUUCGGAUUGUACAAAGGUUCUCGUGCUUGUUUUCUGCGUGACAUCCCCUUCUCUGCUAUCUACUUCUCCGCCUACAACCAUUUGAAGCGUAGGUUUGCUGACGAGAAUGGUUUCAACUCCCCGACUUCAUUGCUCGCCGCUGCAACCUUGUCCGGUGCUCCCGCUGCCUGUCUGACCACUCCUGCGGAUGUAAUCAAAACACGACUGCAGGUGGUUGCUCGCCGUGGUCAAACCACCUAUACGGGUUUACUGGAUGCUGCGUAUAAGAUUUGGCGUGAAGAGGGCGGACGAGCCUUUUGGAAGGGAGCUGGUGCUCGUGUAUGCCGUUCUAGUCCCCAAUUCGGUUUCACAUUGCUCACCUACGAAAUGCUGCAACGCUUUCUCUACAUUGACUUUGGCGGAAAGGAACCCAGUGGCAAAGGCAUUGACCAUCGCCCACAAAUGCACACCAUGAAUCCAGAUCACAUUGGUGGUUUUCGUUUCGCCACCGCCACUUUCACAGGAAUUGAAACGAAACUAGGCUUAUGUUUUCCAAGAUACAGAGUCUCUUGA